GGCGCCGUCACCGCCGCCAUGCUGGGGGAUCUGCUGCUCUGCGGAACGCUGCUGGUGAACGCCGGCGCUGUGCUGAACUUCAGACUGAGGAGGAGAGACACGGAGGGCUUCGGCGAGGGGGCGAGGGAGCCCACCACCGGUGACAAUAUCAGAGAGUUCUUGCUGAGCCUUAGGUAUUUCCGAAUCUUCAUUGCCUUGUGGAAUGUCUUCAUGAUGUUCUGCAUGAUUGUGUUAUUUGGAUCUUGAAAGUCAUCCACAAACAUGGCUGGUAACUUGGAAGAGACUUUUGGCUGCAAACAUAACUUUUCUAUCAAGUAAAAGAUUAUAAUGCUUUCCAAACACAGCCCUGGGAUUGUGACGGUUCUUCAGCACGAGCUCCAAGGGGCAGCACAGCACACAGCCCCCCCAGCCAGCUGUGUAAGGCUGUGGGUGUGCGGGGCUGCGUGCUGCAGGGCAGGGAGCCUUCCAGCCCCUGAGCCAAAGGCCUCAAAGUAAAAUUAAUUCAACUUCACCGGGAGGAAAAAAACAACCCACCCACCUUUACAGUGGGUUGCUCAGCAUUCUGUGCCCGAUGUGCAGCGGAUUGCAGCUGACUGACAGCCACAGCCGUGCAGCUCUGCCUCAUCGCUCACCCCACGUUCUGCUGCGUCUGCCGUCACUGCGCUGUGGGCCACAUGGAAGUCACACCUCAUUACUGUGACGCGGAGUGAAGAAUUGAUGUAACUUGGAAAAAAAAAAAAAGGCAUUUUUCCCUCACAAUUCCAUUUUUCUUUGGAAAUGUAGAAAUAGGCAUCUCAAAAAAGGGUCCUCACUUCCUCACUUUUUCCCCCAACAAAUUCAUUUUUAGAUACAAAUUUGAAGAUAAGGGGUUUUUUCCUCAGCAAUCCGUAAGGGACUUUGAACAGGAAAACAUUUGUGAUUCCGAGGAGGUUUUGGGAUCAUUUUGGAUUCGGUUGAAUAAAAAAGUUCUAUUUAAGGGUAAAA